GGCAGAGCUUCUUUGGGAGAAACAGCCCCACCCUCCCAGAGGAGACGUCCCGGACCGCCGGCCCUCCCUGGACGAGGUGGAGCCACAGGACCAGGCGCUACCUGGAGACACCCACAGCUCAGAGGGCCACCUCCAGGGAGCACGCACUGGGAGCACUGGGUUACAGAAGGUGUUGACCCUGCCCAGCGUGUGUCCUGAGGGCUGGACCGCCUACAGGGGUCGCUGCCACAUGGUGAGCCGGUCCGUAGCCAGCUGGGCCAGCGCCCACAGAACCUGCUCUCUGCUCUUCAACAGCAGCCUGAGCAGCGUGCGCUCCAGGAAGGACGCCGCCUGGAUGUGGAGGCUGGCGGGGAGGAAGUCCUUCUGGAUCGGUCAAUCUGGAGGUCACGACCUCCGGGUGUGGGACGAAAGUCAUUCAGCCAAAGUCCGGGGGGCGCCGGCGAGCCGGGAUGAAGCUGGCUUCAGCUCAGACUGUGUGCUGGUUGAAAACCCCAGAAGAUGGAUUCCUACCAACUGCUCAGCCGAAGCCCAGCAUUCGUUCAUCUGUUCCUCAGAGACGCCGCCGUGAGACGCCGCACUCAAGACCUGCAGCGACCUUCAGCUGGAGGUCAAACAAAAAUAUCAUCAGGUCCAGAUCAGCCAACCUUCAGCCAGAGAAGAAAUUAAAUGAAAUAAAAACAUCAUCAGAUUCA